AUGGGUGCCCCUAUUGUCGCCAUGGCGGCCGAUCUCUAUAAUGGGACUAUUUCAGAUAGGACACAUCCCCUAAAAAUAUUUGAUGCCGCCAAGAGCCAGGAUAGAUUUCUGAACGUCUCAGCCCCUAUGCUCGCUUUUCGGCAAACCGUUCAUGAAUACGGCACCGAUCUCUGCUGGACACCCAUGAUCCUUUCGAAGGAGUUCAAUCGCAACAACUUUGCCCGCGAUAGUGACCUCACGAUAUCCACUCGUGGGGUCCAACCCCCCACGAUAGUUCAGUUUGGCUCAAACAGCCCUCUCGAGCUCGCCCGCUCAUCAUCUCUUGCCGCACCUUAUGUCAACGGCGUCGACCUUAACUGCGGAUGCCCCCAGUCAUGGGCUUGCGCAGAGACUCUUGGUGCCGCUCUCAUGGAAGAGCGCGAACUCGUUCGAGACAUGGUCAUUGAGACUCGCCAACGCCUGGCUAGUGACGGCUGGCAUGUCGGUAAGGAGCGAGACAUCGACAGCCCAAAGGGGAGGAGCGUCAGCGUCAAGAUCCGUGUGCACAAGGACCUAAGGAAGACGAUGGACUUUAUCGACACCGUCAUCGGCAACCCCCUGGACCGCAACAUCGACUUCCUUACGAUCCAUCCCCGUACCCGUCACACGGCCUCCACUACCCCUAUCAACACUGAAUCUCUCGGCAUUCUCCUGGAGAAGUACGGCGCAACACUCCCAAUCCUCCUAUCGGGUGAUGUUUUCUCCAUGGCAACGCUGCCCCUAUCAACAGUUUCCAAAGUACCCACAGAACCUUUGGAACUGAGAACGAUCGAUGGUCACCAUGGCUACACGGACUUCACCCCCAGUGGCACCAAGCUAGCCGGCCUCAUGUCUGCUCGAGGUAUCCUCGCAAAUCCUGCCCUCUACGCUGGCUUUGAGUCUUGUCCGUGGUACGCCGUCGAAUCCUUCAUGCGCCAUGUCGUACGCGCCCCAAUGCCAGUGAAGCUAGUGCAGCAUCACCUCCACGAGAUGUGCGGACCAGGCAUGGGCCCGGACAAGCGUGCAUUGUUGAACAAGCAGGAGAGGGCAGCGCUCCUCGCUCUAGAGAAUAUGGUGGAUGUUAUGGACUUCUUGGAUGAUCUAAUCAAUCGCAAGACAGGCAGGACGGGAGGACUUCAUCGAGAGUCAAGACGUAGCUCAUCAAUUGCUAUACCAUGA